GUAAGAUAACACCUGUGUUACAACACACGUUUACAGUCAGGUUUCCCAGAGUUAUGUGAGUUUUCUUUUACAGCAGUGGACUUUGAAGUUUUGUAAUGAAGUUAAGUAAGUCGUAGUAUUGUCGGCGACGCCGUGGGUCUCGGUUGACAGGCUAGCUAACGGCUAACGGCUGCUACUCCUGAGAUUUGUCUGACACAUGGUACAUGAAGGGUCACAGCUGCACUCGGUGUCUGGCAGUGCCGAGCAGGGCAUUAACAUGACUGCAACCCAGGCGUGACAGGUGACAGUGGAGGGAGGAUAAACACGAUGGACGCACCGGACACCAACUUUUCACAUAAAGAGGAAAACCCAUGGGAAGACCUGGACCCCCCUGCUCUCUCAGGCAGCAUGUCCAUAGACAAGCUCCUACCGGCUCUCUUGGAGUGCUUUGGGAUCAUACUAUGUGGAUACAUCGCAGGGAGGGCAAACAUCAUCACGUCCACCCAGGCCAAAGGUUUGGGCAAUUUUGUGUCCAAGUUUGCCCUCCCAGCGCUGCUGUUCAAGAACAUGGUGCAGCUGGACUUUGGUAAUGUCAUCUGGCCUUUCCUGUGGAGCAUCCUCAUCGCCAAAGUGUCUGUGUUUUUCAUUGUCUGCGUCCUCACGCUGAUAGUUGCCAGCCCUGAGAGCCGCUACAGCAAAGCUGGGCUCUUCUCAAUAUUUGCCACCCAAAGCAAUGACUUUGCCCUGGGAUAUCCCAUUGUUGAGGCCCUGUACAAGAGCACAUACCCAGAGUACCUCCAGUACAUCUACCUGGUUGCACCUGUGUCCCUGAUGCUUCUAAAUCCCAUUGGCUUCGCCUUCUGCGAGAUCCAGAAGUGGAAGAACCAAGGGAACCACCAGCAGAGCAAACUUGUCAUUGUGGGACUUGUAGUUUUACAGGUCCUGAAGAACCCUAUAGUGUUCAUGGUCGUCAUCGGCAUCAUCGCCCAUUUUGCCCUGCACCAGACAAUUCCUCCCUUCAUGGCUGAGUUUGUGGACGGCUUGGCCAACUCUUUUGGGGGAGCAGCACUGUUCUACUUGGGUCUCUCCAUGGUGGGACAGCUGGGGAAAUUAACCAGAUCCACAGUGGUGACGCUAAUAUUACUCAUUACAGCAAAACUGUUGUUGAUGCCCCUGAUUUGUAAGGACAUGGUGGAUCUGCUGGACAAUAGCAACAGCACUGCCAUGAACCACUCAAGCCUCUCCAAUUAUGCCUUUCUUUAUGGAGUGUUUCCCACUGCGCCAAGUGUGGCCAUCUAUGCUGUUUAUUACAACACAGAGCUAGAAGUUGUAACCUCUGGAAUGGUGAUCAGCACUUUUCUCUCAGCUCCAAUAAUGUAUGUUUCUGCCUGGUUACUGACGAUACGUUGGAUGGAUCCCCAGCUACUGAUGAAUUCACUGCAGAAUGUCAGCUUUAACAUAAGCAUAGUGAGCUUGGUUGCACUGGUGUGGACGAUUACUGUCAUGUUUUUAAGUAAGAAAUUCAAGAGGCUACCUCACAUGUUUACAGUCAACCUUUUCUUGGCACAGAUUCUAACUUGUGUCGGGAUGAUCUUGUGGAACUUUGUGGUGAAAGAAGACAACUUUGUCGGGCAGGUCCUGACGUUCACAUUAGUGUGUACCUCACUCUACAGUACCUAUGUUUGGUCAGGUUUAAUAGCACUCUCUCUUGUGCUCCUGAGAGGAUUUGAGGAUGUGAAAGUUUCACCAGGCCUGUUUGUCAUUGCAGGCUGGGGGGUUCCAGCCUCAGUAACUGCUGUAUUGCUUAUUUCUGGGCAAAGAAUGUCUGACACAAUUGACUCUGCUUUCUUUUAUGGCACCCCACAGAUAAUCUGCACCACAGUCGUAGUUGCCCUCAGCAUACUGCUGGGAGGAAGCUCUCUAGUUUGUCUCAGCAGAGGAAGCUGGGCCCAAAACGACCAAAUCCAAGAGGGAAACUCCGCAGAGGACCUUGUGACUGAGGUUGAACCAGAUAACCAGACUCUUUUUGAGCCAGUCACCACAUCAGGUGAUCCCAACAGAGCGUGCCUCAUAUGUGAGUGUGCGCCACCCCAGCCCAUGCCUGACAUGAUCAUCAGCACAAAUAUGAACGGCACACCAACCACACUCUCAGGUCAUUGUGAGAACAGCUGUGCAUCUACUGACUGCCUGCUCGUCCAAGUGGAGGAGCUGCAACAGGUCGCAGACAGACAAGUGGCCCGUCAUGUGCUCUUAUGUCUGCUCCUGACUGUCAGCUUGCUCGCUAAUCUGUCCAGCUGCUUGUGGGUGCUCUUCAACCCUGUUCCUGGUCGACUCUACUUGGAGCUGCAGUUCUUCUGUGCUGUGGCCAACUAUGGACAGGGUUUUCUCUCCUUUGCUCUGUUUGGGCUGGACAAGCAUUUAAUUAUAGUGCCAUUUAAGAAGAGGUUAUACAGUCUGUGGUAUGGGAGGAAGCAAGAGGAGCAGCCACAGACCGAUUUACCUGAGGAAAUCAGGAUGACUUGCACUCAGUUCACCAAAUACCACAAGGACCAGUGUUUUCAUGACAUUGUCAAAAAAAGAAGGUGUGGGAAGAGGACUAUGGUGGAGUGUUUUCUUGGCUGUGAACUUGUAGAGUGGCUCCAGCAGGUGGGCUUGGCUCAGGACCAGGGUGAGGCGGUACUCUAUGGGACGCGGUUACAGCAGGGCGGUGUGCUCCAGCACAUCAGUAAGGAGCACGAUUUCCAGGACAGUCGCCUUUACUACCGCUUCAUGACAUAAGUUACAAAGUAAAGAUUUAAUGGCAUUUCAAUUGAGAAAAAAUGACAAUGCAAAUACAUCUUGUGCUCGGGCAGCAGGAAGAAAAAUGCUGACAUUUCAAACUGUAUUUGCACUGCCUUGCUCUGUGCACAUCCUGUACAGUACAGCGUUUCACAGUACAGCUUUGUGCAGUGCAACAUCCCGGUCAAGUGUUGGAACAGACCGUAGUUGACUGUGAUGUUGGGUGUGUUCAGAUGAGCUUGAACCUUAAAAACCAAACAGGUCAGGGAGUAAUCCAUCAUGUGGAGUUGAUCUUAAAGGGAGUUUCUUUUUUUGUGACAACCUGUCUUAUUUUUGCAGUUUUACUUUUAACAUUUCACUCAGCAGGAUAACUGCUAAGAUUUUGAGUUGCGGCAACAUUGCUACAGCAGCCAAUCAGGACAGGAACAUGAGCUGUCAGAUGAUCAUACAUAUACAGUAAACGCCCCAUUUGCCAAAUUAUCAAAACCAUUUAUUUUGAGGUAAAACCUAAAGUGGGAGUACUUGAAAAGGCCAUUAUAAUCCCUAUAAUCAAUGUGUGGAUGCGUAGCUAGCACUUAAUUCUGUAGAUUAGAAUUUAAUCAACACUUAUUUAAUCUUCAAAUUGUUACUGACAUCAACAGUAGGCAGUAAUAAUUCAAAGAUGUGCCUGUUUUCCUUUCAAGUUAAUAUUUAAGUUGUCUGUUUUCCUCGUGCUGUUUGACUCUGCUGUAGUGAUGUUGCUGCUUCCUUUAAUCUGCAAUGAAGCUAAUGAGUUCAGUAUGAACCAAAAAGGGACUGACAGCCCAAACUGCAAAAAUAAGAGCCAUGAUGCUUUCUAUUAAUAUGCCUUUUCAAGAAUAACACAACAGGUAGUGUAAAUCUCAAAAGGGUAAAAUAAGACAUUGCUGCUUUUUAAAGACUUUUUAAAGUAUUUUAUGCAAUCAGCACAUCAACUUGGGGCCUCAUGUACAAAGGGUGCAUACGCACAAAAACGUGGCUGAGAAGCUGUUAGAAUAAAUAAAUGUGAAAACAAUUAGUCCUCAGAGUGAUGUGCACAUCAGAGAAACAUCAACAAUUAACAUUGAUGAACAAUUAACACCGCCGCGUGUCUGCAAUUAGAUGAAUGGAUAUAAAAGCAUGCGCAAAGUGGUGCCGAAAAUACCAACAACGGCUGCUUUAGCAGUAGUAGAAGAUUUGUAAAUGGUGCAAUACGAAGAGAGCGUGUGUUCAGAGACAGAUGGCACCGGCUCAUCAGCUGCUUUAGGUUCCUGAGGCCUGUCCUCCUGGAACUGUGCGCAGAGCUGCAGCCGGCAGCGCGACACGGCGAGGAGCCAUGCGCUGCCUGUAUCCAUACAGGUUCUGACCACACUGGGGUUCCUUAGCUCCAGGGGCAUUCCAGAGGGAGCUGGCCGACCGAUCGGGACUGUGCCAGUCGACCCUGAGCCGAGCCAUGCCAGCUGUGUGGGACGGAAUUAUCCGCAUGUCAGCCAGGUAUAUCAAAUUCCCAUAGCUGAACAGGCCAACAUUAAAGCGCAGUUUGCAACGACAGCCGGUUUUCCUAACGUUAUCGGAGCUAUCGACUGCACACACAUGGCUACAGUAUAAAAGCACAAUCACAGGAUGAAUUUGUUUAUGUCAACAGGAAGCAUUUUCAUUCGAUCAAUGUACAGAUCAUAUAUGAUGCGCAAAUGCAAUUAAUCAACACUGUGGCGAGGUGGCUUGGUUUAACGCACGAUUCAUACAUUCUGAGUAACAGCAUGGCUGGGAACAGACUACAAGCUGGCACUGUGCGCGAUGGGUGCCUUCUUGGUGAGUAAUUUAUUUGUUUAAUUGUCCUAACAUUAAUCCCCCUGAUGCACACUGAGCAUGUGCGCCCCCAAAUAUUAUCCUGUCUUCACAGCAUCAGUACUAGUCAGUGGUUAAAGUUAGUGACUUGCUGUUUUUUGCUGAUUAAACUACAGCUUCAGAGUUUUCUAACAAGCCCCUGAUUGUCUCUGUGUGUAAAGUACUCAUGUCAAUAAACCCGUGCGUAAAGUGUGACAUUUCUUAAUCAGCCACACCUUUUCCCCGGUGCACUUCUGCUUUAAUUUACAACAAUAGUGUGUGAUCCGUGUAAGUGGUGUAUAAAAUUAACAAAUGGAAACUGUAAAUCCAGUUCACAUAAUUAUUUGUCUGCUUUCAACUGACCCCAGGAGACUCUCUGUUCAAACGGGGUGAGCUCCUCCUCUCCUGUCCCCCCGCCUGUUUUAGCCACACUUUGGCGGUGGGCAGCCCUCCUCCGCUUCACGUCCACCUUAAUGUCGGACAAGUUCUUUUUUAAUUCUGCGUGGGUACGCUUUUCUGUCCCCACAGCAUUGACAGGCUCACACACACUCUCCCACUCACUCACCUUGCGUUUUGUAUUGAUGCCGGAGGACAGCGUGCCAAAAAGUACAUUUUUGUGCGCCUCCACUUCAGUGAGCAUCUCCAGUUCGCAUUCUGUGAAGUUUUUCUUUUUUCCCGCCUUACUCAUUCUUUUGUUUUAGUUUUCUG